GCUGGUUAGACAUCAUCUAGUGUUUGUAACCAAAAAAAAAUAGUAGCUAGUGUUUGUUUAUUCCCAUUCCAAAUAGAGUGCAUCAACUCCGGAAGAAAGACAGACCACCCUUCUGUCCUUCAACCUUUCUUCUCCAUCUCACCUUUUUGAGUUGACUCCUUCCAACAAUAGAAUUCUUCAUUUCCUAUUUUUAACUUUGCCAUCCCAAAACCCUAUUUCAUUCUCUGUUUCUUUCCCCUUUUCAGUUAAACGGUUAAAAACCUUCUUUUUCUUCUCUAAAAAAACCAUCUUCACCCAAAUUCGUUUUUCCUUCAAAUUUCACUUUUUUUUCAUCUGGGUCGUUCCCAAUUUCAACAAAACCCAGAAGGGUAAUCAAAAUUCGAUAUUUGAAGUCUUUGUUAUAUGGAUCAAAACGAAGAAGCGAUUGCGAAAAGCGAAAACUCGUUAAGCUUUUCACCGAUAAAGAGUCACCGAUCGUGGCUCGAACUUCGUCUCUUCUACGUUCGAAUUUCACCUUGUGUAAUCAACAGCGCUCCCGAAUGUUUAACCCUAUGUCACCCAAAUCGCGAAACCGGUUCCUCUCUUGUAAUCAACGGCACACCAAUCCCUGCAAUUGAUUCCGCUCCGCCGCUUCCUCUCCGCCGUGACCGUGUCGACAAGGAAUCUGCUGAGGUUACCUAUGUCAGCACGGAUAAUGUGAGAAUCACCGGUGGUGCUGAAUUUGAGGUGUAUGAAAAGGAUGUGUUGUUUCUCUGUGGGUCAUUGGAACGGUUGGAUACUGAUUGGGGGAAUGGGUCGGGUUGGGAAAUGGAUUGCCAUGUGGCGGCGGGGUCUAUUGGGUCCGGUUCGUCGGCGUUUUUUCGGCCGAAGCUCGGAGUUUCGGCUCCGUCGGUUGAAGUUUAUGUUGCGGGGUGUUGUUCUGGUGUGCCUGUGAUUUUGAGUAAGACUAUUUCGAUGAGUCCUCGGAGGAGAGUUCCUAGGCAUGCUAUUUUGGAUGCUAUUCCAGAAGAUGAGGAAAUUAAUGUUAUAGAGAAGGAUCAUGCUAAGAGUAUGAAUGGAUUGAUUCCACACCCCAAACUGCAGAUAACAGGGUCUCCAGGGUCAGAAGUUUAUGAUUAUGAUCUUGAUGGGAAGAUGGCGAAUGGUUUCUACUCUCAAGAAAUGUAUCUUGGCGAGGACGGACAACUCACAUGGUUCAAUGCUGGCGUUAGAGUUGGUGUCGGGAUUGGCCUUGGUAUGUGCGUAGGGAUAGGGAUUGGCGUUGGAUUACUUAUGCGUUCGUACCAAACAACAACCAAGAAUUUUAGGAGGAAGUUUUUCUAAUCGAUAAUAAUGAAUUUGCUGGUCUCGAUCAAUGAAAAAACAAAAAAGAUAUACCGGAGUUGGAUCAAACAACAAGUUGAAUGCAUGAAUCAUGAGUUUCGUAGAUGAGUGAAAGGUUGUGCAUCGUGUAGUUUUUGUAGGUUUGGUGCAUUCGCUCAUACUUUCAUGUAUUGAAGUGUUAUUGCAUCGUAUGUAUGACGUAGGUUUGAAGAUUUGCAUUUUGUAGAAGAUGUAUCGGAUCCUCCAACAACAAUGGAUGUCAAUAAAAGCUUUGAGGAUAUGGAUAAUAUGGUUUGUGGCAGCAGGAACAAGUGUUCCAUGGCCAGCCUUCAAGUUUGAGAGAGGUUUUAAAUGUGAACUUGUACUGAUAUUUUACUGUUUCUUUGCCUGUAGAUUGUUUAUCAUUUUAUGCAAAUUUUGAUAUGUAUAUAUUUUAUGUUUCCAUGGUAAGCGGUUUUUUUAAUAAAAAAAAAAGUGUGCCCUUUUUAGUGAA